GACGAACGACAGUGCGCGAUGUAUUCGAUGUUGGUUCGUUGUGUUUGUGUGACAAAAAUUGCACAUCUGUGGUGCAGUGUGUGAUAAUUCUUCCUAAGUCAAAAGACCGAUUCCGCGUAGUGAAACCGCUACUACACGAACGACGACUGAUCCUUUCCGGUGGCAAUCGCGGGCAUUUCUCUGUGUUUCCCCCAUCUUCGAUCAAGUGGCGCAGUGAAAAGCUGCGUUGUUUGAAGCGUGUUACCCGAUACUGCUAUGAUGCUCGCCUCCGCCGUACGCAACUUGUCCCGUCGGUCGUUUUCGACCUCUAAGGCGGUCUCUGCCCAGCAGUUGACCGUCCGCGAUGCCCUCAACGCAGCGCUUGACGAAGAAAUGGAACGGGACGAGAAGGUGUUCAUUCUCGGUGAGGAGGUAGCCCAGUACGAUGGUGCGUACAAGGUUUCCCGAGGACUAUGGAAGAAGUACGGCGAUAAGCGUGUCAUCGAUACUCCCAUCACGGAGAUGGGUUUCGCCGGUAUUGCAGUUGGUGCAGCGAUGGCCGGACUGCGCCCGGUGUGCGAAUUCAUGACAUUCAACUUUUCGAUGCAGGCCAUCGAUCAGGUCAUCAACUCGGCCGCCAAAACUUUCUACAUGUCGGCCGGCACAGUAAACGUUCCGAUUGUGUUCCGUGGCCCGAAUGGAGCUGCGGCUGGUGUUGCGGCACAGCAUUCUCAAUGCUUUGGUGCCUGGUAUUCGCACUGUCCCGGACUGAAAGUUGUAUCCCCGUACGAUAGCGAAGAUGCGAAAGGACUGUUGAAGGCUGCCAUUCGCGACCCGGAUCCAGUCGUUGUAUUGGAAAACGAAAUGCUGUACGGCGUUGGUUAUCCCGUGUCGGACCAGGUGUUAGACAAGAACUUUGUACUGCCAAUCGGCAAGGCAAAGAUUAUGCGCCCGGGCAAGCACAUCACCAUUGUGGCACACUCCAAAUCCGUCGAAACCGCGCUCCAAGCUGCCAACGAGCUGGCCGGCAAGGGUAUCGAAGCGGAAGUCAUCAACCUACGAUCACUUCGUCCAUUGGACUCGGAAACUAUUUUCAAGUCCGUACAAAAAACGCACCAUCUCGUGACGGUCGAGCAGGGAUGGCCCCAGAGUGGCAUUGGUUCCGAAAUUUGUGCACGCAUCAUGGAGCACGAAACAUUCUUCCAUCUGGAUGCACCGAUCUGGCGCGUCACCGGUGUCGACGUUCCCAUGCCUUACGCUAAGACACUAGAAGCCGCUGCCCUUCCACAAGUACCUGAUGUUGUCACUGCCGUUAAUAAGGUGCUAGGUGUGAAGUAAAUCUCAGUCCCCCACCAUUCAAUCGAUAGCGUGCUCUUUGCGGGUUAGAACACAACAACAACUACAAAACACGACAAUUGCCCAUAGAAGACUCCGGUGAUGCGAAGCAUAUUAAAAGUUCAGCUGGGAUUAGAAAAGUUGUUAGUCAGGUGAUAAAUAUUCUCGUUUUUACUUCCUUUCCUACGUUCUUUAUUUCGUAUGUUUCAUGGAACUGUCAGCUCAAUGUGUUUGAUUUUUUUCUGUUUUAAAUAUUCGGCAGAUGUAAUCUUUGUUUUUUGUUUGAAAUUGGAAUCUUUAUUACGCUACACUUGUUGCGAGUCUUGAAGACUGUAGAAUUAGAUCUGGGCAGGCAAGCAAAGGGACCGCAAGAGAACUGAGCCUAAUUUAUUGUAAUUUCAUAGAAACUGUUUAAUUUUCGAGACACACACAUACAUCACCCUUAUGCCAUGCGCGCAUAUGUCUGGUUUUAAUACCGAUCGAAGCAUGCUUAGGAUUUGUUUUGCCAGUACAACAAACGACUACAUGCUUACAAGCGUUUGUAUGAGAAUCUUCUACUACUACUAGUGCAUAGGAACUCACAUACAAACCAGCCAACAGGAUACGCCAUCAACGAAAGUAAUAAUUCCACCAGAAGAAUAAAAACAGCCGCAAGAAACUAUUGUAAAUAAACUAGCCACGUUACACCACCAAGCGAAGGUCUGUUGGGACAAACUCAAGGAUGCAAGGAUCCAUCACUACUCACGAACAAACCACACAAACAGUACAAUGGAAAUGGAAAAGAAAAAUCUCAUCUGCUGUCCAAGGCGGUAAGGUGAGAUGAAAUGCAAUACGAACUGGGACGAAUAAAUCUAGUUGAAAGAUAUUAUGCUCAGGAGA